GGUGCCCUGGCGCCAAGGCUCUGGGUUGGUUUGGGACGCUCCUGCACUCCGGUUGCACUGCUAGAAGGCCUGGACUUGAGGAAUGGAGCAGGGCAACGACCCGGGUCCUCUUUGCUUUUCGCUUUGAUCUUGGUGGCUCACUGCGUUCCGUCCCUUGGGAGGCAAAGCCUUUGUUGAUGUGGCCCCCAGCAUUUAGUGGUUCAUCUCUUCAGGGAAGAUGGGUCCGUGCAGCCUGAGGGAGAGUAUUUGUGGAGGUGAAGCAGCCCGAGGUGAUACCACAAGUUUUUGACAUGUUGAAAUCUCGCAUCUCUAGUUUGGAGUGUGUGCUCCCAGGCUGGGGCCAUAGGGUCAUGAAUCAGGGUCAAGGGGGAGCGCAGAAAAAGCACGCCUCCUGCCAGUUACCCGGGAGCAGAAGCAGCCCAGCUUUUGGAUUUACUGGCGCGAUGCCAGGCCCAAAAGCUCCAGUCCUGCUCUGAAUGGGAGACUGUGAUGCAGCCAUGCUCCUGACAGCCUGGCCCCAGAAAAAUAAACCUACAAACCAAAUUCUUCGUACACUUUCAGGGACUUCAUGGACCCCCUGAAGCUCAUCCAUGGACCUCCAUGGACUACAGGGCCUGAGCCAUAAAAUUGGCCCUAGGGUAGCAGGAACCUGUUGUUUCAGAAGUUGGUGACCUUUGAAGAUGUGGCUGUGUACUUCACCCAGACAGAAUGGGAUGGUCUGUCUCCUGCACAGAGGGCCCUGUACAGGGAUGUGAUGCUGGAGAAUUAUGGCACUGUGGCCUCCUUGGGAUUACCACUUCUGAAACCUGCUGUGAUCUCACAACUGGAGGGAGUAGGUGAGCUGGGGGGCCCAUCACCAUUGGCCGCUGGAACAGAAAUAGGCCCCCAGGGCUUCUUGAUUGUAGAUAUUGAUAUCCAGACUGACAAUAAUUUGUUGGAGAAAAUGUGUGAAGAAAAAGAUUAUACAUCAUUUGAACUUCAAAGGGAUUUUUCCGAGGAAACCGAUUACUCAGAAGCCUAUAUUCUAGAGAAACAACAGGAAAUUCAUUCAGCAGGGAAUGUGAAGAAGGAUGAGAGCAGCAUCAUUGAUGGACCAGUGAAAAAUGACACAAGCCCCAUGGAGGAGUUUUUCUUUAGUCAAAGUCCGAACUUGUAUCAGUGUCAUACCAUCUCCACUGGAGAGCAGCCCCCUGAGUGUACAGAACUGGAGAAAGCCUUCAGCUUUGACACAAAACUUGUUAAGCAUGAAAUAACUAAUUCUGGGGAAAGACUUUUCAAAUGUGAAGAAUUAAUGGAAACCUUUAGGUGUGACUCUCAACUUAAUCAGCAUCAAGAAACACACACUGAGGAGAAGCCUUAUAAGUGUACGGAGCAUGGCAAAACCUUCAGCAUUAAUGAAAAAUUAACUUGGCAUCAAAGACUUCGUAGUGGGGAGAAACCCUUCAAAUGCGUGCAGUGUGGGAAAAGCUUCAGCUAUAGUUCCCAUUAUAUCACACAUCAGACAAUCCACAGUGGGGAGAAGCCCUAUCAGUGUAAGGUGUGUGGGAAGGCCUUCAGUGUUCAUGGGAGUCUAAGCAGACACCAGAGAAUCCAUACAGGAGAGAAGCCCUAUCAAUGCAAGGAAUGUGGAAAUGGCUUCAGCUGUAGUUCUGCAUAUAUUACACAUCAGAGAGUCCACACUGGGGAGAAACCUUACCAGUGUAAUGACUGUGGGAAAGCUUUCAGUGUUAAUGCAAAAUUAAUUCAACAUCAGAGAAUCCAUACUGGAGAGAAACCUUACGAAUGUAAUGAGUGCGGAAAAGGCUUCAGGUGCAGCUCCCAGCUUAGGCAGCAUCAGAGCAUCCAUACUGGAGAGAAGCCCUAUCAGUGUAAAGAGUGUGGAAAGGCCUUCAAUGUUAAUGCAAAACUAAUGCAGCAUGCGAGAAUCCACACAGGUGAGAAACCCUAUGAGUGCACUGAAUGUGGAAAAGCUUUUAGUGUCAAAGGGAAGUUAAUUCAGCACCAGAGAAUCCACACAGGUGAGAAACCCUAUGAAUGUAGUGAAUGUGGGAAAGCCUUCAGGUGUAACUCUCACCUUCGGCAGCAUCUGAGAAUCCACACUGGGGAGAAGCCGUAUGAGUGUAAUGAGUGUGGAAAGGCCUUCAAUGUUAAUGCAAAACUAAUUCAGCAUCUGAGAAUACACACUGGGGAGAAACCCUUUGAAUGUAAUGAAUGUGGGAAAUGUUUUACUUCUAAGAGAAACCUAUUUGAUCAUCAUCGAAUCCAUACUGGAGAGAAGCCCUAUCAAUGUAAGGAAUGUGGGAAAGCCUUUAGUAUCAAUGCCAAACUAACUACCCAUCAGAGAGUACACACUGGGGAGAAACCUUUCAAAUGUACAGAAUGUGAGAAAGCAUUCAGUUGCAGUUCUGACUAUAUUGUGCAUCAGAGAAUCCAUACUGGAGAGAAACCCUUUCAGUGUAAGGAGUGUGGAAAAGCCUUCCAUGUUAAUGCCCAUUUAAAUCGACAUCAGAGAAGCCACACUGGAGAGAAACCCUUCAGAUGUAUGGAUUGUGGGAAAGGCUUCAGCUUUAGUUCUGACUGUAUUAUACAUCAGACAGUCCACACCUGGAAGAAACCCUAUGUGUGUAAUGUGUGUGGAAAAGCCUUCAGGUUUAGUUUCCAACUUAGUCAGCAUCAGAGUGUCCAUAGUGAAGGAAAGUCCUAAUAAUAAAGGUGUAGAAAACGCUGAAGGUUAAUGCCAAAAUGGAUUGAGUAUCAUCAGAUUUACCCUGAUGGGAAACUCUGAGAGGGAAGUGAAUAUGGCAGAGUCUUCACAUGGAAACAAGUGUUUUUUUUAAUUUAAUUUUUAAUCAGAAAAGGAUGAACAGUUAAAAAGAAAUAUCCAAAGUUAGUUUUAUACCAGUGAGGACUGGAAAAUACAAUGAAAGAAAAUAUCCCAUUUAUCACAGAAAAUACUUUCUAGGAAUAAACUGAUUGUGGCAGACCUAUAUGGAGGAAAUUAAAAAUCUCCACUGAGGAUCACCAAAGGAAACUUGAAUAAAUGAAAAGACAAAACUUGAUCUUGGAAAGGAAAACACAUACUGUGUUCUACCUAAAUUAAUUUAUUUCUGUUUAGUUUUCUAAACAAUUGUAAAGAGGAAAAAUAAACAUUUCUUUAAAAAGGGAAAAAA